GCACACUCCGGACGACCCCUGGACAAGGCAGUAUCACUUCGGGCGGCGGCAUGUGCGGUCGAUUUGUGUGAGAUGACGAGGGGCCUGGGCAUUGCUGGUCUCUUGCUCCCGGCUUUACUCUGCGGCCUGCUGUGCCCUCAAUUGGCCAGAACUGAGAACAUUUUGGCCAUAUUUUCCUACACCUUUGGGUCAUCCUACCUGCUGAUCACACCGUAUAUAAGAAGCCUCGUGGAGCGGGGUCAUCAGGUGACCCUGAUAUCAUCCAGCACCGAAAUGCCCGAAAUCGAGGGAGUGCAUCAUAUUCGUGUGGCCAAAUUGGAUAUGCUUAUGAAAAUAUUCUUGGAUUUCGACUUUGAUCCCGAGCUAAGCAAGUGGAUGGAGGCUCAGUUUGUGUCCGAUUAUUUCUACAAUUGUUCGAAGUUCGUGCUCGAGGAUCCUGGAGUGCAGGAGCUGAUUCGCAAUACCAGUGCCCAGUAUUCCAUGGUAGUUUUGGAGGCCUCGCACACGGAUGCCCUAUAUGGUUUCUCGCAAAUCUUUAAUGCACCCCUGGUGGGUAUCGCUGCCUAUGGAUCGGCAUGGAACAUUGACUUUCUGGCUGGUAACUCCGCUCCAAGUGUCUACGAACCAAUGUCAGCCCUGGGCUACUCGCCAGGUCUUAGCCUGCUGGAAAAGUGGCACAAUCUGAUCUUCAUAACGGAAGAACGACUGGUGGAGCGCUUUAUCUAUUUGCCCCGCCAAAUCGAUUUGUAUAAACAGCAUUUCCCCACCAUAUCAACCAGUCUCCAUGACCUGCGCCGUAGAUUCUCCCUGAUCCUGAUCAAUCAGCACUUCAGUAUGGGCCGGGUUCGAAGUAAUGUUCCCAAUCUCGUGGAGGUGGCUGGAAUGCAUUUGCACAGCCCCCCUGAGCCCUUGGAUAGGGAACUCCAACAAUUUCUGGAUGAAGCGGAGCACGGAGUGGUCUAUUUCUCUAUGGGCCUGCAAAUGAUGGACAGGUGGCUGCCGUCGGAAAUGCUAACCACAAUGUUGACAGCUUUCAAGAAAUUGAAACAGCGUGUGGUUUGGAAGACCAACGAUCCAAGAAUGGGCAAUAAAUCGACGAAUGUGUAUGCCAAAGGAUAUCUGCCGCAACGUGCGAUCCUGAAGCAUCCCAAUGUCAAGGUUUUCAUCACCCAUGCCGGUCUCCUGAGCACCAUCGAGGCCACUCAUUACGCCGUGCCCCUGUUGUGCAUACCGAUCUUCUUUGAUCAGUUCCAGAACAGCGAUCGCAUGGAGAAGAUGGGAGUGGCUCGGAGCUUGGAUGUAGGGAGAUUCACGCCAGAGAUGAUGGUGGAGGCCAUCGAGGACAUGUCCCUUAAUCCCAUAUACAAGCAAAAGGCUCUGGAACUGUCCGACAGAUUCCACGAUCAGCCCAUGACGCCCAUAGAGACUGCCAUCUGGUGGACGGAGUAUGUCCUGCGGCACAAAGGAGCUGACUACAUGCGAAUCGCGGAGCAGGAAAUGUCCCUGAUGCAGUACUAUAACGUUGACGUGGUCUCGGUGCUCUUCGGCAGGAUCGGACUGAGUGCCAUGAUUCUGAUCUUUCUCGGCUGGAAGCUGGUUUCGUUGGCAACGCGGAACCUGGAGUAUCGCUUCAAUGUUCCCAUGGUGAGGUGACCACAAAGAUAUUUCAUUUAAAACAAAGAA